AUGCAAUCAAACAGGAAGACAAAGCUCAGGCCAGUGAGCCCAUCGGAGGAGGCAGAGGGACACUUCAAACCAGCGUGUGCUUUUCCUCACCUCACCAAGUUCGAGCCAGCAUUUCAAGCACAACGGUAUAUCAUUGUCCUGGAGGAAUACACGUUGCGUCCCUUAAUACCUGCCAAGGCCAUCGCAGCUAGGCUCUUGGGAAGCUGGUCCGCCUCUGCCUCUGUUUCUCCCCAAUUCACACCCUCGACCCUCCCCACGUCGCACGCGAGCAUCAAACACAAGCAAACGCCUUUGCUGUGCCUGCAGUUCUUUCUCUGGCUUGAAAAGAUGACGGAGCCGUUUCCUCCCCUCAACGGCGCGAUUUCCAAGGCCAAUGGCUCAGACGGCACAACAAGGCGGCGGAGGAAAUCCAGCGGACUUGGGGCUGAUGUACCUGGAGACGUCGAUGUGCCUGCUUUCGCGACGCAUAGAAGUGUGACACCGCCGCUGAAGAGCCCAACGGGCAUGGAAUCGUCGAAACCUGAGAAGACUGGCCGUCGCUCCAAAAGACGCACCCUCCGCCGGGCUCUUUCCAGACUCAAACGUGUAUGCAUACGGCACACCUGGAUGGGUCCUCUCAUUCUCGGCCUUACUAUCAUCGCACUCUACCUCGUCUACCCAUACCCUUCGAAUCCGCUCUCUGCCUGCCUCUUCCUCUCCUACCCGCUCCCACGCGACGACCCCCUACUCCCAGCCUCCGUCCGCGCAGACCCGAAUGCGCCCACUCACUAUGGCAAAGGCGCGCGCGACUUUGCUUUUGUCGCAUUCUACAUCAUCGUCUUGAGUUUUACACGCGAAUUUUGCAUGCAGCGUCUCAUCCGCCCCAUUGCCGUGGCUUGUGGGAUCAAGAGCAGAGCGAAGCAGUCGCGCUUCAUGGAGCAGGCGUAUACAGCCCUGUACUUUGGAAUAUAUGGGCCUUUUGGUGUAUGGGUCAUGUCGCGAACGCCGGUAUGGUACUUCAACACGGUAGGCAUGUACGAGGGGUUUCCUCACAGGACCCACGAUGCCAUCUUCAAGGCGUACUAUCUGCUUCAAGCUAGUUACUGGGCGCAGCAAGCGAUUGUGCUUCUCCUCAUGCUAGAAAAGCCGCGGAAAGAUUUCAAAGAACUCGUCGCACAUCACAUCAUUACCGUUAGUUUGAUCUGGCUCAGUUACCGCUUCCACUUCACGUAUAUGGGUAUCGCUGUUUACAUCACCCACGACAUAUCCGACUUCUUCUUGGCUACAUCCAAAAUCUUAAAUUACCUCGAUUCCCCUAUCGUCGGACCCUACUUCUUCGUCUUCAUGUGUAUCUGGGGCUACACCCGGCACUACCUCAACCUCAAGAUUCUCUACUCCAUCAUCACCACCUUCAAGACCGUUGGCCCCUUUGAGCUCAACUGGGAGACUCAACAGUACAAGUGCUGGAUCAGCCAGUACAUCACCUUUGCACUCCUCGCUUCUCUUCAAGCAGUCAAUCUCUUCUGGUGGUUCUUCAUCUGCAGAAUCGCGUACCGCUUUGUGGUAUUCAAGGAUGCAGAUGAUGAUCGCAGCGAGUACGAGCCUACGGAUGAGGAGACCGAGAACCGCAAAAAGGAAAUUGCAGAGGGCGCGAAAGAGGCUAUUGGCGAGGCGGUGGAUGGCGUGGCAAAUGGACUGCAGAAGGUGCGCGCCGAGGAUGCGAGUACGCCGGAGAGAGCGACGAGCGCGACGGACCAAGGCACGAUUGGUUCGAGGGUCAAGCAAAGAAAGGGCGCGGGGAGGUCGUGA